AUGACAGUUUUCAGUCAGGGGUGCGUGAAGAUCAAGAUUGCAAGGUGCUAUACUCAUGGUCAACAUGUAUAUACUUUACAUUCUCCUGCGUGCCAAGAGCUCCAAGAAGAAACCAUGUCCACGGCUGCUCCACAAGUUUACGGUGCCGAUGAAAUUAAUGCUGUUGUUUUAGACCCUGGCUCUUAUAGAACAACGGCGGGAUAUGCUGGAUACGAUCAGCCAUCAAUUAUUUUACCAUCGUUUUAUGGCGAUGAUGGCAAGGGCAAGCAAAUAUUUGAUGAAAACGUACUAUUUGCAAAACCUCCAGAUGGACUAGACAUAAAGCCAAUUAUACACAAUAAUCUCAUUGUUGACUGGGAUGGAGCAAUGGAACAAUUUCAUUAUAUUUUCAAAGAAUUAGAAGUUCACCCACACGAGCAGCCUCUGAUGCUAACUGAGUCAACAAUGAACAGUUAUUCAAACAAAGUUAAGAUGAUGGAAUACGUAUUUGAAAAGGAGAAUUUUUGUGCAUUUUACGCUAUUAAACAACCAACCUGUGUAAGUUUCGCCCACGGUAGACCCAAUUGUCUUGUUGUUGAUAUUGGACAUGAUUUGGUAACAGUUACACCUGUCAUUGAUGGUCUUUGUUUGAGAAACCAAGUUAGAGGAACUAGAUAUGCUGGCUCUUUUUUGAACCAGCAGUUGGUACAGUUCUUAGAAUCUAGAAAUAUCGAAUACGUUCCCCAAUUUCAGGUUAAGAAUAAGGAAUUGUCAUAUUGGGAAAAUAGUUCUUCGCUAGCUAAAUUUACUUCCAUCAACAACAAUAAUAACGUCAAACAGAGCGUAAUUGACUUUCAUUACUUGAGAACGCUCAGAGAGAUGAAGGAAUUAUUAUUCGAAUGUUCGAUGGAUGAAGAGGUGAAGGUUCCCGAGGACAUAACAAAGGAAAUCGAUCAAGACUCAACCAGGUGGUUUGAAUUACCUAAUGGGCUGAAUGUUCCGUUUACUGAAUAUGAGAGGCUUAGACUUUCCAAUUCUUUGUUUAAUCCUAAGGAUACCUUCCAACCAAUAGUUAAAGGUUGGGAGAAUGAUUGUGACGGCAAUAUAAUCAAGGUUGUGGGAACUGAGAAUGACAUAAGCAGUAAGGACUAUGUGCCUUUAAGGAGAUCUAAGAAGAAUGAAGAAGAUGACUCUGCGAAUGCCGAAGGAGAUGCUGCAAACCAUUCUAAUUCUAAUUCUACCAACAACACUAAUAGCAAAAAGAGUAAUGAUAGUGAGGCUUCGAAAUCUACACAAACAACAACAACUGCUGAAAACAAUGAAACUGCAGCUCUUGGUUUGACCAAAUUGGUUCAGUCGGUAUUGAACAAUCUAGACAUCGACUUGAAGCCUCAAUUGGCUAACAACAUCAUUUUGACUGGAUCAACUACGUUGAUCCCAAGAUUAAAUGAAAGAUUAAACAACGACCUAAUGCUAUUGAACCCAAGUUUAAAGAUCAGAGUCCACUCUGCCGGUAAUAAUAUAGAGCGGAAAUAUGCAUCAUGGAUUGGCGGUUCUAUACUAUCAUCAUUGGGCACAUUUCAUCAACUAUGGGUAUCAAAGGCAGAAUAUGAAGAAGUUGGAGCUGAACAUCUGAUUGUCAAUAGGUUUAGAUAG